AUGAGUUCCCCAAUAUCCAGCCUAGUUGCGGAAUUGGUCCUACAAGAGCUGGAAAAGGUUGCUUUCAGUCAUUACAAACCUGCGUUUUGGCGCCGAUACGUGGACGCUACAUUCGUCAUUAUUGAAAAGGACAAGCUAUCGGGUAUCCAAGACUUACUUAACAGCACAUUCCACGACAUUCAGUUUACAAGAGAAGACGAGGAGGACGAGAAACUACCCUUCCUGGACGUGCUCGUCACGCGCACACCUGACGGUGAACUCAGCACUGCAGUGUACAGAAAGGCGACCAAUACAACCCAGGUCCUCAACUAUCAUAGCAACCACCCAUUGGUGCACAAAUGGGGCUGUGUGAGGGCGCUUUUCGACCGGGUAAAAACGCACUGUAGCGAGCCCGAAGGAAGGAUGCAAGAACUACGGCAUCUCCGGGACCAAUUAACAAGGAACGGCUACCCAAAUAGCUAUAUCAGUCGCUGCAUACGCGCACGCCCACGCCGGACAAACGGAAGAGAGACACCAACAAUUUGGCACUCCCUACCGUACAUAAAGAAUGUGUCCGAGGCUACAGAACGCAUCGCGUCAGAGCUAGGCGUGGGUAUCGCUCAUCAUCCGGCGGCCACCAUGCGUAGCAGGAUCAUGAAAAUGAAGGAUCGGCUGGACGCAGGUGAACAGUCGGGCGUAGUCUAUCGAAUCCCGUGCCAAAACUGUCCUUGCCACUACACAGGCCAGACAGGACGACGUCUGAGCUCACGAAUACUUGAGCACAAACGGGCCGCUCGGAGAGGCGACCCACUGUCUCAAGUAGUCACUCACACGCUCGAGGAAGGGCAUGAGUUCGACUUCGCCAACACGCGGAUAUUGGCGCGAGCCGGCAACAAGACAGGGCGAGAACUGUUGGAGGCGUGGGUGUCGGACAACAACUCCAUCAACAGACACAUCGAUUUGCCUGCAAGUUAUCACGCGCUCCGCCCACGCAGCCAGGUGGCGCAGCUCACACCGUCGCGAAGUACAAACGGCGUCACCACGCCGGGGGAACAUCGUGGACCAGGCGGCACAAACCCUACCUAG